AUGGUGUCGACCCUGGUAUUGAUGGCCACGAUCCUGCCCUUGGCCGUCAUAUUGUACCGAGUCAGGUUUCAUCCUCUGAGCCACCUCCCCGGGCCCUGGUUCGCAGCCGUCGGGCCCUUUUUUCUUUCCAUCAUCUGUUACCUGGGCAUCGAAGCCCGUGUGAUGAGGCACUACCACGAAAAGUACAAAACCAAGACCUUGAGGGUGUCGACCAACUCGGUGUCCAUCUCGGACCCGGACGCGAUGCACGAAAUCUACGUGGCUCAGGGUGGGUUCGUCAAGGACGACCGGUACGCCAACUUCACCAUGGGUCCCGUGGUUUCCAUCUUCUCGGCGAUCGACGCGGAUUACCGCAACGUGCGGGCGAAAACGGUGGCACCGUUGUUCGCACCCGGCAGGUUACGCAACGCGACCCAGCAACAACAAAUCAUUGGCGAGUGUAUCCGUGAUUUCAUGGACCAGUUCCGCCUACUCAAAGAAGCCAACGACGAGGUCGACAUUUUGGACCUCUGUGCCCGCCUUUCCAUCGACGUCGUGACGGGUUACCUGCUUGGACGGAGGUACGACGGGCUGCACGAGCAUGACGACCUGCCUAUCUCACAACGCAAACACACAAAACUCAGCGCCAACCCGUUUGUAUUUUCCAUCGUGGCAUUUGCUCGCUUCUCCCUCCUCCCAAAUUGGUUGUUCAGGUGUACUUACGCGGCCUCGACGUGGUGGGCCUCGAGCCCGGAAGUCGACCGGUCUUUCAAGCGACUGGGAGAGUAUUCGGACCGUUUGUUGAAGAAAACGUCAACGGCGUCACAAGCCGAAGGUAUCGAUUCUACCGACAGAUCUUCUUCUUCUAGCCCGAUGACGUAUCAAGGCAGACUGCUCGCCGCUGGUAUCAGCCCUUUCGAGGCCAAGGUGCAGGCGCAAGCGACCAUCUUUGCCGACGCCGACUCAACGGCGAUCGUGCUCGCGACUAUUCUUUUCCACCUGGUGCAAAACCCCAGUGUGAACAAGAGGCUUCACGACGAGGUCGAGAGCCCGGAAGCCCAGAACAUGGACACCUCGCAGCUGCCGUACUUGCGUGCCGUGGUCAAGGAAGGGUUGAGACUCGCCAUGACGAACCCAACGCGUCUCACUCGAGUGGUGCCGCCCAGUGGACUUCAAGUCUGCGGCCAGACCAUCCCCCCGGGUACGGUGGUAGGGUGUGCAGCUUAUGUGCUUCACCAUGACGCCGACGUAUUUGACAAGCCGUUCGAGUUUCAGCCCGAGCGGAGGCUUUUACCCAGUACCGACGAGAUUGUUCCGUCUUCCAUCCAUGACGGCGACGAAGUUUCUCAUCGACUACUGCCACCAAAAAAGGGACAACAAAGGGAACUCAUGGAAAAACACAUGAUACCCUUUGGCGUCGGCCUGCGUGCCUGCCUCGGCAAGAAUCUAGCCAUGCAAGAGAUUCACGAGGCCGUCCGCGUCGUUGCCGCCAGUAAUAUUCUCGAGGGGGCCACGACGAUCCAGCAUCAGAUCAAAAUGAAGGAGUGGUUCAAUGGUGAGAUUAUUGGGCACCGUUUGGAGAUUAAAUGGUGCUGA